CACUCGCGUCGCAGCGAAGAAACAAUGCCGCCUCCGGUUCGUCGAACGCAGCUGCCUCAGCAGGCACUGCGGUCAUCCAAUGCACGAUCGACCGAAAUCACAUGUCCUCGCCAGUUCUCGUACAAGCACCCGCGCCAAUUCCUCGUAGCCCACCCAGGCUUAUCGCGGCCGCAGCUCCCCUUCCUCUACCCCUCAGGCCAACACCUUUCUAGCGGCCAGAUCGCUCGAUUGUUCUCGAUAAGCGCAAACCAUAAGAAGUUCAUCAAGGAGACAGCGAAAUUGAGUGUGCGAUAUUCGAUCCUCAUAUUCUUGGUUUCGUCAUGCGUCAGUAUCGCUGGAAUGGGCAUUCUGAGCGAGCAGCAGGAGCGCGCCUUCCCGUCGCCACAUGAAUGGAGUCUGAUUACGAGGUUCCGUUUCAGGAGAGGAAAGUGGUGGCAGGUGCCUGAGAACAAUGAAGAGGAAGGUUUUCCUAAUUGGGCGCGGGUCUACGAUGAGCUUGACCAUGCGCUCAGUCGAUUAGAGGACCCGAAUACAGAUGGAGCAGGCCUGGCUGAACAAGAAGAAGGAGGAAUCCUGGUCCCUGGCGUUGGCAAGGCAGGAUUGGACAUUACUGCAAAGAGCGAGGAAUGGAGGCAGGGCUACUAUGAAGUGCUGAUUGGCAUGGCUGCAGCAGCGGAGCGUUUGGAGGGAUGGGUCACAGACAAAUGGAGAAGAAACGUAUGGGCACCCGAGUUCGUCGAGUCGAAAUCGAACCCGCGACCGAAAGCCGUGCUGCCAGGCAUGCCAGAAGUGCCGGAUGAGGACAACCGUGUACCUGCCAGCGAUACUCCAGAGACUUUUUACCUGAAGAUCAUCACAACGAAGGGAUUCACCACACACCAACGUGUCACAGCAGCGCUUGGCUACGCUGAUUGGCUUAGCUUCAAGAAGCUACCCGAUUCCGCUGAGGAGAUGUAUCGCUGGGCGCUCGACAUCGCCAUUGCAGGCCUGCCGACCGCUGACCCCUCGACGGUCAUUGAUCGCCAGUCUGCCGUGCUGUCUGCGGCCGCCCCGAAGGAACUCAUCACACCUAACAUCGUCUACGCCGCUACGAACUUAGCCACUUUCUUUGCAGAACAAGGAAGAAUGGCCGCAUCCUUGCCUAUCCUCGUCUCACUUCUUCGCGCACGUCUCUCUGCGGACGACGCACCACCUUUGUCGAACAGCAAUGCACAGGAUUCGAGUUUGAUGGGCACAAUACUGAGCUUGCUGAAAGAGCCAGACUACCCUCCAGUACCACCAUCUGGAGAUGAGCCUCUUCUUCGCGGUGAGAAAGAUCGUUGUGAGGAGGCUGCAUUGAAGAACUACAUUGGGGAGAUCCUCUUUGCUACUGCUGGCUCUUCUUCUGAGCAGCGCCAGCAAGGAUUGUCCUGGGUGCGCGACGGCGUCUCCACUUCGAAGAUCGCGCAAAGCCUGGAUCCGAUCAGCGCUGAUGACGAGCUUCGCAAGAAAUGCGAAAAGUGCGAAGAGGUUGGCCUCGAAUCAUGGGGCAAGAUCAUGACAUAUCUUGCAGCUGAAGCUCGAGACAAGCAAGAUUCCGCGACUAGCGGUGGUCUGACAGGGCUGAUCUGGAAGAUUCGUGGCACUCAGAAGCUCGAGAAGGACGUUGAGAACUUUGAGGGCGAGGAAGAAGGCGUAGUGAUGAGGCUGAACAAGCUCAGAAGCAAGAUGCUCAGAGAUGAGUACGCAGAGAUAGAUCGCAAGUAUGCGAGAACCUUCGUCUUCUAGACGUGCAAUAUACGUCGCUGCGCGCGACAAUGUAACAACACGGAACCUCAAUGGUCACAAUCUGCGAAUGUUAAAUCAAG